AUGUGUUCCGGUGUGAUCCCGGCGCAUCUUUCCAAGUCUCUGUUGCGUACUGUACACGCGGGCCGGAACAGAGCCUUGAAAAGAUACGCCACUCAAAUCUCGGCGACGGAGCUCGUCGAGUUCCUGAAUCGCUCGUGGACCGCCUUCCAUGCUGUGGACGAGUGUCGCCAGCGGCUGCUGAAAGCGGGUUACCAGCAGCUGUCGGAACGCGAAGAGUGGCGACUGGAGCCCAGCGGAAAGUACUUCUUCACGCGCAACUACUCCACUAUCGCGGCCUUCUCUAUCGGGAAAAAGUUCAAGCCGGGAAACGCGUUCUGGAUCAUCGGAGCACACACGGACAGCCCGUGCCUCAAAUUAAAGCCCAACAGCAAGGCGAGCAAGGCGGGGUUCCUGUCCGUGGGCGUGCAGACGUACGGAGGGGGCCUGUGGCACACGUGGUUCGACCGCGACCUUGGGAUUGCCGGGAGAGUGAUCCUCCGCCACGUGGAGGGGGAGGGGGAGGGGGGAGAAAAGGGAGCAGGGGGCGCAGGGGAGGGAGGUGGAGAGGGGGGGAAGGGUGGGUCGGUGGCGCAGGUGCGGUUGGAGCAUCGGUUGGUGAAGAUUGAUCGGCCCAUAAUGCGCAUCCCCACGCUUGCCAUUCAUCUGGACAGGGAGGUGAACACGAGUGGGUUCAAGCCCAACACUCAGACGCACCUGCUGCCUGUGCUCGCCACUGCCAUCAAGGAGGAGCUGAACCGGCCAGCCCCUGCGAGCGAAAGUGGCGGCAAGGAGGGCGAGGGGAAGGAGAAAAGCAAGGGGAAGAAGGAGGAGAUCGUGGAGAGGCAUCACCCGCUGCUGCUGCAGCUACUGGCGUCGGAGCUGGGCUGUUCGCCAUCAGCCAUAGCGGAUUUCGACCUGCAGCUGUGCGACACACACCCCAGCGCCAUCGCGGGUGCUCUCAACGAGUUUGUCUUCUCCGGCCGUCUUGACAACCUCGCCUCCUCCUUUGCUGCCCUCCAGGCACUGCUGGCAGUGGGAGACUGUGAGAGUGAGAGUGAGGAGGCGGAGGGUGGAGUGCGCAUGGUGCUACUGUUUGACAACGAAGAGUGUGGCAGCGACUCUGCUCAAGGCGCGGGUUCCCCUCUGCUGCUCGAUGCCAUUCGCCGGGUCAAUGCCGCCUGCACUAGCAAUGCUGCUGGUACAUCGGAGGGAGUGGUGGAGCGGUCUCUUCAGAAGAGCUUCGUGGUAUCAGCAGACAUGGCGCACUGCCACCACCCCAACUACCCCGAGAGGCAUGAGGAGCUGCAUCAGCCGAAGAUGCACAAGGGGUUGGUGAUCAAACACAACGCCAACCAGCGCUACGCCACCACUGCUGUCUCCGCUGCUCUCUUCCGAGAAGUCGCCACAUGCCACGGCAUCCCUGUGCAGGACUUUGUGGUGCGCAAUGACACGGGGUGUGGCAGCACCAUCGGGCCCAUCCUCGCGUCAGGAGCCGGAAUCCGCACCGUAGACGUGGGGGCACCGCAGCUGUCGAUGCACAGCAUUAGGGAGAUGUGUGGCACGGAUGACAUCGGGCACAUGGUCAACCACUUCACUGCGUUCUUUAGGGAUUUCCCCACCUUGGAUUCUCGCCUCACUGUGGACUAG